GCUUCUCUCCUCCUCUUCCGCUGCUCCACACGCACCAAAAGUGUUUACAGCAGAGACGACGGUGUGUGGUGUUUAAUAGCUCAAAAUCUAACAUGCUUCUUUUCUGUCCAACAUGCGGGAACGUUUUAAUCGUCGAGGAAGGACAGAAGUGCAUGAGAUUCGCAUGUAACACCUGUCCGUACGUUCAUAACAUCACAAGAAAGGUAAAUAACAGGAAGUAUCCGAAGUUAAAGGAGGUGGAUGACGUUCUUGGUGGAGCUGCAGCGUGGGAAAACGUGGACUCAACUCCUGAAACAUGCCCCAAGUGCGAGCAUCCUCGGGCGUACUUCAUGCAGAUUCAGACCAGAUCAGCGGACGAACCCAUGACCACUUUUUACAAAUGCUGCAACGCUCAGUGUGGACACCGGUGGAGAGAUUGACACCUUUGCACCUGUAGUUGUGUGUUUCUGCUUUGUGCGCACCUAUAGCUGAAGAACUUUAUUUUUUGCUUUUCAUUUAAUAUUUAAAUUAAAAUAUUCACUUUAUGGAUGA